AUGCAUUCAGCGUUCAAGUGUCAACGGUUCAUUAAGAUGAAGAUUCCUGAGCGAUAUGAGAAAGUGAAACGUCAUGGUUUGUGCCUGAAUUGCCUAUCGUCGUCGCACAUGGUUCGAGCUUGUACUGCUGGCGUGUGCCGACACUGCCAGAAGAAGCAUCAUUCUCUCCUCCAUUCCGGAGGCUCUAACGGAGGAAGACCCACCGCGUUUACGCCCCAGAACGAUUCCUCCGGUCCACAAGUUCAGAACCGAUCACGUAUGCCAAACACACAGCAAAUGCAGUCACAAGUCCAGAUCCAACCAACACAUUCUCAGCCGACUGGUCCUAGCACCAGUUCGUUUCCGGUUUCAAACACAAAUUCGUUUUCGCAAACACAUCCACAACCACUCGCCACAGAUCACACACUUUCAUGCAAUUCCCUACCUGUCACUAUUCACACUGCUACUCGCCAAGUUUUGCUUUCGACAGCGCUAGUUCGCGUGUCGGACAAGAAUGGAAAUACUCAACUAGCAAGAGUUCUUCUGGAUUCAUGCUCGGAAUACUGUUUCAUCACGACAAGCCUUGCUCAACGACUGAAAUUGACUGAAAUUCCCAGCCACCUGUUGGUAGCCGGAAUCGGAGGCUCGGUCGUCAAGUCCACGAAGAAGGUGGAGGCUAUGAUAGCUCCACGAUCGUUCCGUAUCUCCUCUUAUACGGAAAACAUUCAGUUCCACGUGCUCCCUAAGCUCACCUCCGAGUUGCCGAUCCAUCCAGUUAACGUCCAGAAUCUUGCCAUUCCCCAUUGGAUCAAUUUGGCAGAUCCGGAGUUCCAUGAGCCAGGUCCCAUUGACAUCAUCAUUGGCGCGGAGUAUUAUUAUGACCUGCUAUUGGAGGACAAGAUGAAGAUUACCGACGACGGCCCAAUACUACAGCGGACGGUGUUUGGUUCCAGUACGUUAUCUGUUGAAGAGACGAUAUGCGAAGAGCACUUCGAGAAGACGACGAUACGAGACACUGAGGGACGGUUCGUCGUUACGCUACCCAAAAAAGAACACGUCCUUAGUCGGUUGGGAGACUCCAAGGCCAUAGCACUGAAACGGCUUCACGGGAUGGAGAGACGGUUUGCAGUGAACGACCAGCUGAAGGCACUCUACGUAGAAUUUGUUCAAGAAUAUCUCGCGAUGAACCAUAUGCGUCAGGUCGACGACGAAGAGAUCGAAAAACCAUCGUAUUAUUUACCACAUCAUGCUGUGCUUAAACCGGACAGCACGACAACCAAGUUGCGAGUUGUGUUCGACGCGUCUUGCCGCUCUACGACGGGAGUAUCCUUAAACGAUGGACUAAUGGUUGGACCGGUAGUACAGGAUGACUUGCUUUCCAUCAUAAUGCGUUUCCGAUUCUGGAAGUUCGUUCUAGUAGCGGACAUUGCCAAAAUGUACCGCAUGGUCAAAGUAGCAGCAGUCGACCAACCAUUGCAACGGAUUCUGUGGAGAAAUUCGCCAACCGAUCCAGUUAAAGCGCAUUUUACACCUCCCGUGAACGUGAACGUGAACAAACUGUUUUUCGAUAAUAACUUCUUGAUACAUACUCAAAUCGUGUACAGAGGGCUUAAGACGUAUGAGCUAACCACAGUUACGUACGGCACAGCGUCAGCACCGUAUUUAGCUACCAGAUGUCUGCAGCAGUUGGCUACUGAAGGAGAGGUUUUGCAUCCGACAGCUGCAAGAGUUGUGCGUAAAGAUUUCUACGUGGAUGAUUUGAUGACUGGCACGGACACUUUAGAAGAGGGAACGACACUCGCUGCUGAUCUAAUCUCGUUGACGAAGUCAGCAGGCUUCAUGUUACGCAAGUGGAAUUCGAAUAACUCUCAGUUGUUGUCAACUAUUUCUCCAGAACUUCGAGACGAUCGUUCUAUACUUGAAUUUGAUUCUACGUCGAUGGUCAAAACGCUUGGACUGGUGUGGGAACCGGCCAAUGACAGCUUCAAAUUUGCAGUGCCACACUGGAGCACUGAGCCUCUUAUCACCAAGCGAGUUGUUCUUGCUGACACCGCUCGAAUCUUUGACCCACUCGGGCUCAUCGGUCCGGUCACAGUUCAGGCAAAAAUCUUUCUGCAGCAGCUCUGGAAACAGAAAUUAGAUUGGGACGAAGUUCUGCCCGAUAAUCUCCAGAUAUUUUGGAAGGAGUUUCGUAGAAACGCUAGCGCAUUAGAAUCAUUCUCGGUACCAAGAUGGAUAGGGUUCAGUAACAGUCUAGCAUCCGUAGAACUACAUGGUUUUUGUGACGCAUCGGAAGCUGCAUAUGGUGCGUGCCUAUAUCUGCGGUGCGAAUCGACCGACGGAUCGGUCUCCGUUCGCCUCAUUACGUCGAAGUCACGGGUUGCGCCAUUGGAGGACCUCUCUCGAAAGAAGAAGAAGCAGUCGAUUCCACGACUGGAGCUAUCGUCAGCUUUGCUUCUCAGCCAUCUUUAUGAAAAACUCCGCAAUAGCGUCAAAAUACCCGCCAAAGCUUACUUCUGGACCGACUCCAUGAUAGUGAAGUGUUGGCUGUCUUCACUGCCGUCUCGUUGGCAAAUCUUUGUCGCCAACAGAGUUUCAGAAAUCCAGCAUUCUACCAAGUUUGGAGUUUGGAAUCACGUCGCCGGUGCAGAAAAUCCUGCGGACAUAGUGUCCCGCGGAAUGACGCCCGCACAGCUCGCAUACCAGUCUCUGUGGUUUGAAGGUCCACUGUGGCUACGUCAAGAUCAGUCCACCUGGCCCAAGGCACCAAUCGUUCAACCAGAGUUUGACAAAUCUAUCUUGGAGGAAAGGCCUUCAACAACCCUUGCCGUUCAAAUCAAGUCGCAUAGUUCCAUAUUCUCGCUACGAUCAUCGUUUUGGGCACUACUACGCAUCGUUACCUGGAUCCGUCGAUUUGUUCACAACGCUGCACCAAAAAAUAGAGCCCUCAAACGCAGCGGAGCAUUGUCGGCAACUGAACUCAAGGAAUCAGAACUUCAAUUAGUACGAUUGGCUCAGUUGGAAAGUUUUCCAGCGGAAAUAACAGCAUUAUCUAAGAAACAACCCAUCGGUGCAUCCUCAAAACUGCUAGCAGCAAAUCCAAUCCUGAUUGACGGCAUACUUCGCGUCGGCGGCCGGUUGCGACAUGCUCCCAUAUCGGACAACCGCAAGCAUCCGAUGAUUCUUCAUCACCAACACCCGUUGACUAAACUGGUAAUGGAAUACUACCAUUUAAAGCUGUUCCAUGCGGGUCAGCAACUUUUGGUUAGUUCUGUCAGAGAAAGGUUCUGGCCUCUACGUGCCCGUGAUGUUGCCCGUUGGACCAUUUACCGUUGCGUUUCAUGUUUUCGAAACAAGCCUAAGGUUCACGAACAACUGAUGGCCGACUUGCCCUCCGUCCGAGUUACACCUGGAACAGUUUUUCUCAAUGUCGGCAUCGACUUGUGCGGACCGUUUUAUAUACGAUACCCAGGUCGACGAGGUGUUCCAAUCAAGGCUUUCGUGUGUAUUUUCGUCUGCCUGGCCACCAAGGCCGUGCACAUGGAAGUUGUAGCCGAUCUCUCUACGCAAGCUUUCCUGGCAUCGUUCAAGCGAUUUGUUGCGAUCCGAGGUAAACCACAUUUGGUCAUGUGCGAUAACGCAACAAACUUUGUUGGAGCAAAUAAAGAACUUGAGGAACUACGGCAGCAUAUGAACAAUCAGCAAGUUCAACACGCAGUAGUCAAUGCAGCCCUAGAAGAUGGCAUCGAAUUCAAAUUCAUUCCGCCCCGUACCCCCAAUUUUGGUGGUCUCUGGGAGGCGGCCAUUGCAGCGAUACUGAAUUCCACACCGUUAAUGCCCGUGAGCAACGAUCCGACUGACUUUACUGCGUUAACUCCAGGCCAUUUCCUAGUGGGAAGGCCACUCACGGCGGUUCCCCAGCCAGCCUUGCAGGAGAUCCCAGAAAAUCGUCUUUCCCACUGGCAACGAACUCAAGGCUUUGUCCAGCAAUUAUGGAGGAAGUGGAAGACUCAGUACCUCAGCGAUCUACUCAACCGAACUAAAUGGACUCGGAGCCGCGACAACAUCAGUAUCGGUACAAUGGUUCUAGUUAAGGAAGAUAAACUGCCACCCCAGAAAUGGCGGCUAGGAAGAGUGACCGAAAUAUUCCCCGGCCAGGACGGAAUCGUUCGUGUCGUGACCAUCCGGACCCAAGACGGCAUCUUUCGUCCCAUCAGCCUUCUCUCAGGAUUAUCCAAGCUAUUCGAAAAAGCUAUUCAUCACCGGUUACUUGAGUCUGCCGAAAAUCUCAACAUCUUGCUCGAGGAACAGUUUGGUUUCCGACGCGGUCGGUCAACUGUACACCAACUGACCCGAGUUACCAACGUCCUCAGACGGAACAAGUUUGUCUCUAAAACAUCCGCCAUGGCCUUACUCGAUGUCGAGAAGGCAUUUGACAAUGUAUGGCAUGAUGGCCUGGUGUACAAACUACAACGCUACAAUCUUCCCAGCUACCUGGUGAAAAUCAUCAACAAUUACCUGUCGGCAAGGACAUUCCGGGUCUCAAUCAGCGGAGCGAGUUCCAAUGCGCACAACAUCGUCGCAGGCGUUCCCCAGGGCAGUAUCCUCGGGCCCCUGCUUUUCAAUCUGUUCACCUCCGACAUGCCAGAACCUCCAGAAGGCGGCAUUCUGUCUCUGUUCGCAGAUGACACAUCCAUUGUCUACAACGGUAGAGUGAUCAGAGCGCUAGUGGCAAAACUCCAACGAGGCCUGGAUGCCCUGACAGAGUACCUCACCAGCUGGAAGAUCUGUAUCAACGCGGGGUUCGACUCUGAGUUGGAGGCGAUCACUAACAGCACAUGCCCACUGCUGGUCGCUGGCGACUACCGCACACGCACACUGCUAACGAUGAUGACGCAGCUAUGCCGGCUCACUGCCAGCAUCUAUUGA